CUCGCGCAAGGGCGUUCUGGGUCUCUGAGACGAUGGUUAAAUAGCCGAACGCCGCGCUCGGCAAAUGGCGGCCUCGGGGAAGGUGGCUAUUUUCCGCCUGCCGGUCCUUCCCACCAUUGGGGAGAUCAUCAAAUUGUUUAAACUGAAAGCUACGAAGCAACUGUCUCAGAACUUUCUGUUGGAUCUGCGCCUCACAGAUAAGAUAGUAAGGACUGCUGGCAAUCUGAAGGAUGUAUAUGUGUGUGAAGUAGGCCCUGGACCAGGAGGAAUCAGUAGAUCCAUCUUAAAUUCUGGUGUUGCAGACUUGUUAUUAAUUGAGAAAGAUUCUCGUUUUGUUCCAGGACUCCAGUUACUGUCCGAAGCAGCUCCAGGAAAAGUCCGUAUUGUCAAUGAUGAUAUUUUAACAUAUACAUUCAAUGAAGCUUUUCCUAAACAUCUUUCAAAGAACUGGGAAGAUGAGCCUCCUGACAUACAUAUUAUUGGAAACCUCCCUUUCAGUGUCUCAACUCCACUAAUAAUCCAGUGGCUUGAGAAUAUAUCUAAUCGAGAUGGGCCUUUUAGUUAUGGUAGGAUACGGAUGACACUCACCUUUCAGAAAGAAGUUGCAGAGAGACUCACAGCUAGUACAGCAUCCAGACAGCGAAGCAGGCUUUCUAUAAUGGCUCAGCACCUGUGCACUGUUAACAAAGGUUUCACAAUUCCAGGUCAAGCUUUUGUUCCAAAACCAGAGGUAGAUGUGACACUUGUCCAUUUUACACCACUAGUGGAGCCAAAAAUAAAACAGCCAUUUAAGCUGGUGGAAAAAGUUGUUCAAAGUAUUUUCCAGUUCAGAAGAAAAUUCUGUCAUCAUGGUGCAAGGAUUUUAUUUCCAGAAGCUGACCGCCUUGAAAAAACCGAACAGUUGCUCAUGGAGGCAGAUAUUGACCCAACUUUAUAUCCACCUAAACUGUCCUUAUUUCAGUUUAAAAACCUUUGCAAUGUCUAUAGGAAAAUGUGUGACGAAGAUCCAGAUCUUUUUGCAUAUAACUAUAGAGAAGAACUGAAAAAGAAAAAGGAAAAGAAAAAGGAAACCAUCUUCAAAAGGACUGACAAAAAUUACCUUUCCCCCCACUAGAAUUGGGCAACUACAAAGGUUUUGGAUUGGACUGAAAUAAAUUUGACUUUGAAUAUAUUCUUCAAUGUUAACCAAAAUUGUACGUGAAAUUUACAAAUGAGAAUAGGGAUCAUUUUUCUUAAAACUCAAGUGAUAUUACUUUGCUUAUCUUCUAAAAGUGCAAUCAAGUCCCAAGAUGAAAUGUAAAAUAACUGAAAAGUAAUCAACCAAGAAUAAAGCACCCACAAAACUACCUAUUUCAAUUAACAUUUUACUGUACAAACUUAUAGAGAAAAUAAAAAUACCAUAAGAUUACAGUACAAGCUUUUUGUAUGUACAAACAUAUAUAAACAUAUAAAAAUCAAAUAUAAACAACCAUAUACAUUUUAGUACAAUGUACAGAGGACUUUGUUACUCUGCAUUCAAAUAAUUUAAUUUGACUUUAAAUAAAGCAAAAACUAACAUGCUGUUAAAUGCUCAAUGAAAACUAAUUGGACUCAGGUCAAAAAAUGAACAUUUCGCCUCCCCAUGUUUUCAAAAAUGUUGAAAUGUUACCCAAUACGGAAGGGGGAAGAGAUUAGUUUACAGAAUUUGCAAAUUCAAGGUAAACUUUAUUUUGGAAUAAAUUAAAAUAACUUAAGCCUUUACAACUACUUUUAUGGAAAAACCCAGUAGUGCAUUAAACUGAAGAGUAAGUUAAACUGAAGAGUUUUAUCAAGAUGCAAAUCAAAAUAGCUAGGACUUUCCAUGUCUGUCUUCUGA